AGAGGAAGAUCUACAUUCCCUUAAAUAAAACAGCCCCCUGUGUCCGGCUGCUCAAUGCCACGCAUCAGAUUGGCUGCCAGUAUGGAGCAGGGGCAGUUCGGUCUUUGAGCUCAAGUCCAAAGAUGGCUCUGUUCACCCAGACAACGUUCCAUCUUUAGCAGUGGAAGAUCUGCAGACUCUGGGAAGGUAAACUCAGAAAUACCAACUAUAGGAACUUGAAUUCCACCCAUUCUGUCCCUGCAGCUUCAAUUAGCGGGGACACCGGAGUUAUCCAUGUCGUGGAGAAGAUGGAGGAUCUGCAGUGGGUGUUGGCUGAUGGUCCCAACCCUCCUUACAUGGUUCUGCUAGAAGGCAACCUCUUUACCCGGGAAACAAUGGAAAAGCUGAAGGGCAGAACCAGCCGCAUCGCUGGCCUUGCAGUGACCUUGGCCAAGCCCAGUCCCAGCCAAGGCUUCUCUCCUAGUGUGCAGUGCCCAAACGAUGGCUUUGGUGUUUAUUCCAACUCUUACGGGUCGGAGUUUGCUCAUUGCAAAGACAGCCUGUGGAACCAGCUGGGCAAUGGCUUGGCUUAUGAGGACUUCAGUUUCCCUAUAUUUCUUCUUGAAGACGAAAAUGAAACUAAGGUCAUCAAGCAGUGCUAUCAUGAUCACAACCUGAGUCAGAACGGCUCAGCACCCACCUUCCCGCUGUGUGCCAUGCAGCUCUUCUCACACAUGCACGCCGUCAUCAGCACGGCCACCUGCAUGCGGCGCAGCUCCAUCCAGAGCUCCUUCAGCAUCAACCCAGAAAUCGUCUGUGACCCCCUGUCUGACUACAAUGUAUGGAGCUUGCUGAAGCCUAUAAAUACGUCUGGAACACUGGAGCCUGAUGACAGGGUUGUGGUGGCUGCCACCCGGCUGGACAGCCGUUCCUUUUUCUGGAAUGUGGCCCCAGGUGCCGAAAGUGCUGUUGCCUCCUUCGUCACCCAGCUAGCUGCAGCUGAAGCUUUGCAGAAGGCACAGGAUGUGUCCGCUCUGCCCCGCAACGUCAUGUUUGUCUUCUUCCAAGGGGAAACCUUUGACUACAUUGGCAGCUCUAGAAUGGUGUACGAUAUGGAGAAGGGCAAGUUUCCUGUGCCGUUGGAGAACAUCGCCUCAUUUGUGGAGCUGGGCCAGGUGGCCUUGAGGACCUCGUUAGAGCUGUGGAUGCACACGGACCCCAUGUCUCAGACCAAUGAGUCUGUGAAGGCCCAGGUGGAGGAGCUCCUGGCCACGCUGGAGAGGACUGGUGCUGGUGUCCCCGAGGUCAUCCUCAGGAGGCUGAAUCAGUCCCAGGCCCUCCCACCAUCUUCUCUGCAGCGAUUCCUUCGAGCUCGAAACAUCUCCGGUGUUGUUCUGACUGACUACUCUGAUGCCUUCCAUAACAAAUACUACCAGAGCGUUUACGACACUGCCGAGAACAUUCAUGUGGUCUAUCCCGAGGGCCAGAGCCCUGAAGAGGAACUCAACUUUGUGACGGACACCGCCAAGGCGCUGGCAAACGUGGCCACGGUGCUAGCACGUGCACUGUAUGAGCUUGCAGGAGGAGCCAACUUCACCAACACCAUCCAGGCUGAUCCCCAAACGGUCACCCGCCUGCUCUAUGGGUUUCUGAUUAGAGCCAACAACUCCUGGUUCCAGUCCAUCCUCAGGCACGACCUGCGGUCCUACUUGAGUGACAGCCCUCUUCAACAUUACAUUGCGGUCUCCAGCCCCACCAACACCACCUACAUUGUGCAAUAUGCCUUGGCAAAUUUGACCGGCCAGGUGAUGAACCUCACCCGGGAGCAGUGCCAGGACCCAAGUAAAGUCCCAAGUGAAAACAAGGAUCUGUAUGAGUACUCCUGGGUUCAGGGCCCUCUGAAUUCCAACAAGACGGAGCGGCUCCCCCACUGUGUACGCUCCACGGUACGGUUGUCCAGGGCCUUGUCCCCUGCCUUCGAACUGAGUCAGUGGAGUUCCACGGAGUACUCCACGUGGACUGAGAGCCGCUGGAAAGAUAUCCGUGCCCGGAUAUUUCUCAUCGCCAGCAAAGAACUUGAGUUCCUCACCCUGAUGGUGGGCUUCGGCAUCCUCGCCUUCUCUCUCAUUGUCACCUACUGCAUCAACGCCAAAGCCGACAUCCUUUUCAUCGCUCCCCGUGAGCCAGGAGCUGUGUCGUACUGAGGAAGAUGGAAGCGUGUCCCAUCAGCUCUGCACUUCACUUCCAAGCUCAUCUGUCCCACUGGGACACAAACCACUAGUUUGUCACUGGACCCUCUCUGAGCCUGCCUCAGACUGGGAUUAACAGAGUGGAACUGUCCAGAAGUGACAGGGAGAAAGAAACAAGUCGCCUCUACAUCUCCCUCUCUCCCUCUCCCCCUUGUCUUCCUCCCCUUUCCAUUCCUCCCCUUCUCCCUCCUCAUGCUCUCUUCCUUUCCUAUACCCAUCUGAUUCUGGGGUUACUUAGAGGAGCUAACUGCUUCUGUUAAACUCCCCACUCACCCACCCUAAUUUGCCACCCUUCAGGAUCCCUCUCCUCUUCCCAUCUUGCCUUGUACCUUCUCUGCUCCCCACGCCAUCCCCUGUACCCGGCCACCUUCUGCGCCGGGAAGAAGAUCCUGAAGGGUUGAAUGUCAGAAUGGAGCCAUGGUAAAGCCCUGUGAAGGAAGACGGGUUGCAGUGGAGGGACUGUGGGCUGCGCAUGCUCGUCCCCACCACCCUCUCUCCAGGGUCUCAGCUGGCACAUUAGGGUGGGUAUCCCACCUCCAGCACACAGUGCUUGGUUGGUCUUUUUAUUAAGCUGUAAUAUCUAUUUUUAUUGUUUUCUCUUUCCUUUUUUUUUUUUGUAAAUAUAUAAAUAGGGGGAUUCAUUAAAACAGGUUAUCCCAUCUGA